AUGGCCUUUGACGCAUUCCCCGCAGGGGAGGCAUCUUCUCCUGACCCAUAUCGGCCCACGCCCAUCGACAUCGUCGUUGUACGGGAGAUGCUCUCGCGUGGUUGCCGUCUGCCACCCGAUAUUGUCGAUGCCGUUUUUGACCAUGCUGAAUACUGGGCCUAUUCGUCCAACUAUAUAGACUAUCAGGAGGAGCAUGGAUCGGCUCUACGCAUCAAUGGAAGCAGACCCACGGAAAACAAAUUUUUGGUGAGUCUCCCCCAUUUUGUGUUAUACUUAUACGUAUUCCACUUGCUCAUGGCCCGGAAACAGCUACGCUCCUUUCCCGUCGGCUUCACUGGCCUCGGGAGCGAGAAGAGCCUGACGGAGGAGCUUGUCUACGACAUGAACGAGCUGACCCCUCGUCCGUUGGGCAAGGAACAUGAUACUACCUUCUUCAGGAAGCUACCGAAGUACCCGACCCCACGUUUGGUUCAUCCGGUCCGCAAGGUCGUCUUCACCAUCAAGAGCCACGAUCAGGGAUGGUCAAGCUCUAGCAGCCCCAAGGGCGGCUAUGAAGGGUCACAUACCUGGUUUGAGGCUGGUCUCGAGAGGUUUGACGCAGAACAACAAUGCGACGCACAUUGCACAAAGGACCUUCGCUACAACUCAUCCAAAUCCGUGGCUUCAGCAUUGCCUCUGUGUGCACUCCGGCCUAUUCAACCACCCUUCGAGCCGAUGAUUACAAAGGGUAAAUACGCCAGCAAAGAUGAAGGCGGAGACAUCGUGGACAACCCGUCCUACAAAUACCAACACCCCCUGGAGCCGCGCCAAGAUUGGGAGAUUCAGCGCAACAAGUUGGCAACGAAGACCUGGCAGGAAAACGAAGUUACGUGGUCAUGGGACGACAACGUCGACCCGGAGUCUGAAGAUGCGAAGGCUCUCGAGGAACUGGGGAGAGGCAAGGGGACGGGCUCCGGUGGCCUGGUGCGCAGCCUCAAGCUGGGCGAUGUUGUCACCAUCUGGGGCAAGGCUCGCUUCCCAGGUUGGUCCAAUGUUGUGGAAAAGGUGAAGGUGGAUAUAUACUGGGCUGUUUAG